AUGGCAAAAAAGGGUAUCCUAAGAAAAACUACUGCAAUGGCAAUAUUCAUAUUCUUGAUUUCUCUCGUUGUUUUGGGUGCUUUUGCUCCUCUGCCUUCACUCUCCCAUCGCCCUUCUCAAUCCCAUCUUAAUAAAGGAUUUGAACGAAAAUUUGAAAUAGCAGAAGACAUGUUUUGGAAAGAUGCGGAGCCAUUUAGGAUAAUAGGAGGCGACUUGCAUUAUUUCCGGGUGCUUCCUGAGUACUGGGAAGAUAGACUAUUGAGGGCAAAGGCAUUGGGCUUGAAUACCAUUCAAACUUAUGUUCCGUGGAACUUGCAUGAACCAAGGCAAGGUCAACUGGUAUUUGAUGGCAUUGCUGAUUUAAUUUCAUUUCUGAGACUCUGCCACAAAAUGGAUAUGCUGGUUAUGCUUCGUGCUGGGCCUUAUAUAUGUGGAGAGUGGGAUUUUGGUGGCUUCCCUCCUUGGCUGCUAGCCAAAGAGCCUGCUAUCAGAAUAAGAUCAUCAGACCCCGCCUUCCUUGACUUGGUUAAAAGUUGGUGGGGAAUCCUACUCCCAAAAGUGUCUCCUCUUCUUUACAACAAUGGAGGCCCCAUAAUAAUGGUCCAGGUUGAAAAUGAAUUUGGUUCAUAUGGAGAUGACCAAGCCUACCUGCAUUAUUUGGUCAAACUGGCCCGAGGACACCUUGGUGAUGAUAUUAUACUGUAUACAACAGAUGGAGGAUCAAGAGAAACUCUUAAGAAAGGCACAAUUCUAGGAGAUGCUGUUUUAUCAGCUGUUGACUUCACUACUGGAGAUGAACCAUGGCCAAUAUUUAAGUUGCAAAAAGAAUUCAAUGCACCGGGGAAAUCACCACCACUUUCUACAGAAUUCUAUACUGGUUGGCUUACACACUGGGGAGAAAAUAUUACAAGUACUGACGCAACUCAUACAGCAACUUUCUUGGAGAAGAUUUUGUCGAAGAAUGGGUCAGCUGUGCUCUAUAUGGCUCAUGGUGGAACGAACUUUGGAUUUUAUAGCGGUGCAAACUCUGGAGAAAAUGAGUCGGACUACAAGCCCGAUCUUACAUCCUAUGAUUAUGACGCGCCUAUUAGAGAAUCUGGUGACGUAGACAACGCGAAGUACAAAGCUCUCAGAAGAGUUAUUGCUAAGUAUAGUGCAGCGCCUCUCCCUUCAGUUCCUUCCAAUAAUAAAAGGACAGCUUAUGGGAGUAUUAAGCUCCAGAAAACUGCAUUUUUGUAUGACACUAUUGAUAUUAAAAACCUCGUUGAUAUGGUUGAAUCUGAAAACCCAACCUCAAUGGAGGCUACUGGACAGAUGUUUGGAUUUGUAUUGUAUGUAUCUGAGUACACUGCAAAAGGCAAUGGAAGCACAUUGUUCAUAUCUAAGGUACACGAUAGAGGUCAAGUCUUUAUUUCAUGUGCAGAAGAUAAUGGAAAAAGGCCAAGAUACGUUGACCUCGUUACGAGAUGGUCUAACAGACCCAUUAACCUCCCUUAUUUAAAAUGUGGAUCCAAAAAUAAAUUAUAUAUCUUGGUUGAAAACAUGGGUCGCUUGAAUUACGGGCGGUAUACAUUUGACAGGAAGGGUAUUUUAUCUUCUGUUUAUCUGGAUGGAAGGCCUCUUUAUAAGUGGAAAAUGCUUCCCAUUCCUUUCCACAAUCUAAAUGAGCAAAGGGUCAAUCCCAUCGCUUUGAAUGCGCAAAAGGAGGUUCUUAAAGACUCUGCCCACCGAAAAUUAAAAAACCAAGAGAUAUUUAAUCUAGAACCAGCUUUCUACACUGGCCAUUUCAAUGUUGACAAAGUAACAGACACAUAUAUAUCGUUCAGAGGCUGGAGCAAAGGAAUUGCAUUUAUAAAUGAAUUCAAUGUUGGACGAUUUUGGCCGUCCCGCGGACCACAGUGUAACCUCUAUGUUCCUGCUCCAAUUCUUCAAGAAGGAGAAAAUAGUUUGGUCAUUCUUGAGUUAGAAGUACCAAAUCCCAAGCUUCUAGUGAGCUUGGUUGAUCAUCCGGACUUCACCUGUGGGCUUGCGAGUUCAAAACUUCAUAAAUUCUGA